AUGUCUUCUUUUAUCUCCAGUUUCAAGGCUUUGUCCCUUGCCGAUGCUUCCACCGCUUCCCCAGCGCUUUUCCCGGAAUUGUCCACCCCAGAGCAACAGGCUGAGUCCGCCCAGUGGACCACUCUUGCUGAGAGACUCCCAGAGUCCCUUGUCCAGUUGAACGAGACCUUGAAGACGAGAACCUUUGUCUUGGGUAGCUUCCCAUCUGCCGUUGACCUCACUCUCUUUGUCAAGGUCUUGCCGCUUGCCAGAGCCGUCACUGACGUUGCUGCCGCCAGACACAUCUUGAGAUGGGUUGACUUGGUGCAAAACACCUUGGUCUCCGUGCCAGUUAACGAAAAGUUGGUCAUCGACUAUACUGUGGAGUUACCAAGAGAAAUCAAGGCCAAGCCAGAAAAAAAAAAGGCUGAGGAGGCCAAGGAGGCGCCUAAGGCUGAAGUCAAGGAGAUCAAGGAGGAGGCUUCCGUUGCCGGUAAGGAAUUGACUGAGGAGCAAAAGAAGGCUAGAACCGAGGCCCAGAAGGCCAAGAAGGCUGCUAGAGCUGCCCAGAAGGCUGAGAUUAAUGCCAAGGCUGCUGUUGCCGCCGGUCCAUCUGUCUCCAUGAUCGACUUCCGUGUUGGCUUCAUCCAGAAGUGUGAGAAGCACCCAGAUGCCGACUCCCUCUACGUCUCCACCAUUGAUAUGGGUGAUGCUGAGGGCCCAAGAACUGUGUGUUCCGGGUUGGUCAAAUACUUCCCCUUGGAGGCUAUGCAAGAGAGAUGGGUCGUGUGUAUCGCCAACCUCAAGCCAGUCAACAUGAGAGGAGUCAAGUCCUGCGCCAUGGUCUUGUGUGCAUCUGACGAGGACAAGGUUGAAUUUGUCAACCCGCCAGCCGGCUCUAAGCCAGGUGACCACCUCUUCUUUGAGGGCAACGACGGCACCCCAGAGAAGGUCUUGAACCCUAAGAAGAAGGUCUGGGAGACCUACCAGCCGGGUUUCUCCACCAACGAAGGCUUUGAGGUCACCUACACCGCUGAAGGCAAGCCAGCCGCCAAGUUGGUUAACGCCAAGGGUGAGGUGUGCAAGAACUCCACCAUCGUCAAAGCCAAUGUCCGCUAA